AUGAAGCACGGCGACUCAAAAGAUGCCGCGAAGUCCCUGGUGGACAGGCGGAGGCUGAGUUCGGUGGACGGAGCACAUCGCAAGCGGCUGCUGUACUUCGGGCUGUUGGCCGCUGCAACGCUGGCCGUCACAGCGUUCAUCAUCGUCUCUUCGGGCAGCAGCCAGGAACGAGGAGCAGCCGGGGCGACGGGACUCGAUGAAACGGAAAACCCGUGGCCGACAGCCGAAGAACGUCGCCUCACCCGCGAAGAAGAUAACUACAUCUACGCCAGACCUAUAACCACCAGUAACGAGCCCGCGACGGACACGGACGUGAACCCGAGCGCAAAGCGUACACCACCCAAGGCACGCAAGAGGCGUCGCGGCGGAAAGGUCACCGUGAGCCAACGGGCCGCCACGACCACGACCACAAUGGCCACUACCGCGCCCCCGGAAGUGCCCACCGUUUCGUCCGAUGACAGCUCGGAGAAGAGGGAACAACCGCAUGGCGGACCGGAUGCUGACCGAGAGGACGAUAAAGAAUCCGGCUCGCAGCCCGCACCCAAUGCGACUCCACGCAAGCGCACCCGAAAACCUGCCCGACCUGCGCACGAUGGCAAGAUACAACAUGGUACUAAGUCUACGCACAAAAAGAAGCAAGCGACACCCGGCGGCGACGACAGCCGAACCGAGUAG